AUGUCCGCGCAACUACAAAGAGCAAGGCGGUCCACACGUCACAGCUACAGACGCAGUAUAGCCUUAGAACGAGAACUCGAGGACCACCUGCAGAGAUAUUCCGCAUCGCAUGGAGUCUCAAUACCCACAUUCGACUUCCUCAACAGUCUGCCACCAGAAGUAUCACUCGACUCGCGCUCAAGAUUUUUAAGGGCGCUUCUACCCAAGACCGAGUUGCAACUCGACCACUUUCUGGACUCGGAUUCGGCAUUCGAUGAUAUGGACGUGACAUUUCCAAACUUUGAUCUUUUUGAUACGAAUGUGCACGCUCGUCUUGAUGCUCGUCUAUUUGAGCAACACCCCAAAACGACAUGGAAGCAGUUUUGCGACUCGACUGUCCACUCUGUGUUUAUGAAACACAUUGACACUGUGACCUUUUCCAUGAGGAUGAAGAAGCCUUCGAGAAUGUACGUCACUACAAAAUUCGAUGGUGACGGUCCUCUCCUUGAUAUGGGAUUUGAAGGCUUCAGACUCGGGGACGCCUAUGAUCGUCUGGAUGACGAAUACAUCGAGAUAGAAUUCGACGAGCUGGUAAUCCGGUGGAAAGAAGCAUGGAAGCCUGCUGCUAUGACUCCCGAGGUCAUCGAAACUAUGGCAGCGGACCUGAGGAAGAUGUACAAAGAAAUGCGUUGGUAG